AUGAAUCCUCUCUUAUUUGUCAUCGUUUUUGUCCACCUUUCAUUGACCACUGCUGUCAACUUCACUCAGGUCUUCAAGUGGCCCGAUGGAAUGGACUACGUGUGGCCUUCCGAGGCGAAAAGGAGACAGGCCUUGAAAAAUAGAACUUUCAAACCAGAGAACAUUUAUCCUCUUUUCAUGGCUGUCUACGGAACAAGGAUCUUCCUCAGCCUGUAUAAAUAUAGUGAUAUUCCAGCGAGUCUGGUGUCUUUGCCGACGAGCAGCGCGUCCUCUGCGUCCCCAAAGCUAACUCCAUUCCCUUCGUGGGAGAUGCAUGGAAAGGGUGGCUGCAACAAAAUUGAAGAAGCAAAGGGGCUGCAAGUUGACUCUGUUGGCAGGCUGUGGGUUCUGGACAGCGGUAGCGAGAAUUGCAGUACCAAGCUAUGGACCAUCGACUUGUCCAACAAUCACACUGUACUCGGACAUCGAUUUUCUUUCCGUGAUUAUAUGCACGACUUGGUGCUUGACGAAACGCCCAAUGGAACCUUGGCAUUCAUCUCAAAUUCUGGUUCAGAUCGCAUUGUCGUCCUUAGGACUAAGCCAAGGUACAGGCUGCUAAAGGCUGCAGUCGGUGAGUUGUCAAUUACACCAGCCAGACCAACUACCUCAACCAUGUCCUCUAAGACCGAACCAACACCUGUUAGCUUGUCCAUUUCGACUACAACAAAAUCUUCAACGCCUGCUGAGGAAAGUGCCGCAACCGAGGUGCAGAAGAGCAGCACCCUGAUCGAAAAUUCGAACGAAAAUAGAAUAAUUAUCAUCAGUCUAAUCUGCUCAAACGUGUUUAUUGUUGUCUUGUCGAGUUCAAUCAUUCUUUGGCUUGUCCUGAAGCUGAAGAGAAACAAUUCCCUUCCGCAAAACACCGCUGAGGACCAGGAAAUGUCCGUUUCGAGUGACAACUAUGAUGAAUUCGGCCCCUCGGAAGUGCAGUACGAGGAAGUGACGCAGCCACGCCCCUUUCAUCUGGUCCCUACGAUCAGCCGAUUUGUCUCAGCCCGCGAUCCGAGUGAAAGCAAUACCUGCGUGGCCGAGAACGUUCGUGAAAUUUGGAGAGGUGCCCCGUUCGAGAAUUACGACGUCGGCCCUGCUCAACCGGAACCUUGGUACGAUGAAGUUGCACCGGCACCUUCCAGGCCACCACAUUAUGAAGAUACUUCUUCAGGGUUGAUGCAGUACCUGUAA